AUGAAGGGUCCUUGGGGAGUUGAGUUUGGUGAACGAGGCUGUUACGACUAUGUAGGAAUGGGCCCUCCCAGUGGCCUGGAACUGCAGAACCUGGACACCCUGGGUGUGCAGCUGAUCAAGAACCAGGUGCUGCUGGAGGAGAACAACUACCUGAAGCUGCAGCAAGAACUGCUCAUGGACAUGCUAACCGAGACCACCGCGCGCCUGCUCCUGCUGGAGAAGAAGGUGGACGGGGAGUCGGACUCCACGUCCACGGCGCGCGCCUGGCAGAGGAAGAUGCGCAAGCACGAGGCCGCGAGCAUGCUCGUGAUACAGCCGCGCGCUCUGGAGUCGCGCGAGGUGACGCAAUAAAGCCAUGCGUAAAGCUAGCUGCGCAUGCGCGUCUGACUUCGCCCGGCCCUGUGGUCCCGGUGGGGUGUAUCGCUUGAAGCCAGGCCUCCUGCUCUUUGGCUGGCGUUGUGUGCGGUCCAGAUAUUCGGGGUGCAGGGGGCAAGAGAGCGUGUGGCUGUCGGGCUGAGGAGAAGUGGGCAGACUAGGGGGUUGCGCUUGACUUUUUCUUGAUCCAGGGCCUUAAAAUCAGAGUCCUGAAACCUGGGGUCCUUCUUUUAUCCCCGCAUUCGUUGGAGUGGUUCACUUCGUUUUGUUUUCCAUUCAUGUCUCCGUUAGGGUCCGAUUUUCUCCUACAUGGACUAAAGGCAUCUAUUUGACCUAGCAUU